CCCGGCUCCCGCCGUCCCGCCUGGGCGAGUGUUGGCGGCGCCGAGGGGCGGCGGGAUGGAGAGACGCAGGAUGAACCUGCCCACGGGGCCCGACACGCUGUGCUUCGACAAGGACGAGUUCAUGAAGGAGGAUUUCGACGUGGACCACUUCGUGUCUGACUGCAGGAAGCGGGUGCAGCUGGAAGAGCUGAGAGACGACCUGGAGCUGUACUACAAGCUGCUUAAGACGGCCAUGGUGGAGCUCAUCAACAAGGACUACGCAGACUUCGUCAACCUCUCCACAAACCUGGUUGGCAUGGACAGAGCCCUCAACCAGCUUUCUGUGCCUUUGGGACAAUUACGAGAAGAGGUUCUGAGUCUCAGGUCAUCUGUCAGUGAAGGAAUUCGGGCAGUAGAUGAACGAAUGUCUAAACAAGAGGACAUUAGGAAGAAAAAGAUGUGUGUGUUAAGGCUCAUACAAGUUAUUCGCUCAGUUGAGAAAAUUGAAAAAAUCUUAAACUCUCAAAGUUCUAAGGAAACAUCUUCACUAGAAGCAAGCAGCCCACUCCUGACUGGACAGAUUUUGGAAAGAAUCGCCACAGAGUUUAACCAGCUGCAGUUCCAUGCUGUGCAAAGCAAAGGCAUGCCCCUCCUGGACAAAGUGAGACCACGCAUAGCUGGCAUCACAGCCAUGCUGCAGCAGUCUCUGGAGGGCCUCCUGCUGGAAGGCCUGCAGACUUCCAACAUCAGUAUCAUCCGACACUGUCUGCGCACCUAUGCCACCAUUGACAAGACGCGGGAUGCCGAGGCCUUGGUUGGCCAGGUCCUGGUGAAGCCGUAUAUAGACGAGGUGAUUGUUCAGCAGUUUGUUGAGUCCCAACCCAAUGGCCUUCAGCUCAUGUACAACAAGCUCCUGGAGUUUGUCCCUCACCACUGCCGCCUCCUCCGGGAAGUCACAGGAGGAGCUGUCUCCAGUGAGAAAGGUACUAUUGUUCCUGGGUAUGACUUCUUGGUGAAUUCUGUGUGGCCAGAAAUAGUGCGAGGACUAGAGGAAAAGCUGCCCUCACUCUUCAAUCCUGGAGAUCCUGACACCUUCCACGAGAAAUACACGGUAAGCAUGGAUUUUGUAAGAAAGUUUGAACGGCAGUGUGGAUCCCAGGCCAGUGUGAAGAGGCUUCGCGCACACCCGGCCUACCUCAGCCUCAGCAAUAAGUGGAACUUGCCUGUUUAUUUUCAGAUAAGGUUUAGAGAAGUGGCAGGAUCCUUAGAAGCAGCACUCGCAGACGGGCUAGAAGAUGCCCCAGCUGGAAGUCCAUAUUGCCUCUUGGCAUCUCACAAAACAUGGAGUAGCCUGAGGAGAUGCUGGUCUGAUGAGAUGUUUCUGCCGCUGCUGGCACACCGGCUGUGGAGGCUCACGCUACAGAUUUUGGCCCGGUUCUCUGUGUUCAUCAGCGAGCUUUUGCUCAGGCCCAUUUCUAAUGAAAACUCCAAAGAGGUGAAGAAGCCUUUGGCAGCUGGGAGUAAAGAGUCUUCCGUUUCCCAAGGAGCUGGUGAAGACCACGGGGGCCGCCCUUCAGAAGCACAGCCAGUUGUGUGUGUUUCCAGCACACAGCUGGUGUUUGCCGUUGCAGACCUGGACAGGUUACAGGAGCAGCUUCCAGAACUCUUGGAGACAAUCAAGCUAAAACUUGAAGUCGUUGGCUUUAAGAAUUUUUCUUCUAUCUCAGCGGCCCUGGAGGACUCUCGGAGCGCCUUGUCUGCCCACGUGCCAGCCCUGAGCAGCAGGAUCACCCAGGACUUGAGCGAGGCCUGCUUCAGUUACCUGAAGAGUGCCCUGGAGGUCCCCCGUCUCUACCGCCGGACCAAUAAGGAGGUCCCAACCACAGCCUCCUCUUACGUGGACAGUGCGCUGAAGCCAUGUCGCCAGCUUCAGAGCAGACACGGAAGCAAGGUGAAGCCGGCCGUGCUGCAGCAGUGGCUGCGGGGGGCGCUGUCCAGCAGCACUCACAAGUACUUUGAGACCGUGUCAGAUGUACUGAGCUCUGUGAAGAAGAUGGAGGAGAGUCUGAAGAGGCUCAAACAAGCCAGGAGAGCCACCACCUCAAACCCUGUUGGCCCCAGCAGUGGCAUGAGCGAUGAUGACAAAAUCCGGCUACAGUUGGCUUUGGAUGUGGAGUACCUGGGAGAGCAGAUACAAAAGAUGGGCCUUCAGACAAGUGACAUCAAAAGCUUCCCAGCCCUUGCAGAACUCGUCCUCGCUGCCAAGGACCAGGCAGCAGCCGAGCAGUCCUAGGCAUUCGGGGAGGACCAGGAGGCGCUCAGGACCUGGACUAGGAAGAAAGCAGCUCUGUCCUUGGUCACUCAGCAGCGGCCAGCUCCUUGCCAUCAUGCACGGGCCAUCUUUCACCCAGAAAGAACCAAAAGCCUUUCCAUUAUAUGGAAGAUAGUUUUUAAGACAUAUGAGCCUUUUUACUGUAGUUUACAGAACAAAUUUUAUUUUUAUUGUAAAUCUUAGUGUGGAGGAGCCAAUUUCUACAGUAGGGUUACAUAAAUACAGAGGUGUGAGUAUCUGGCUGUCCUGGCCCUACAGGAGGAGUGCUGGAGAGUGUGGUGCCCCCACGGUGUGCAAAUGCCAAGCCUGACCUGGGAGCCACUUUCACCCCACCCUCCUGAGGCUGCAAGUUGACUAGCCUGUCUCUCAAUUGGUUUAUAAGAACAGCACUUCAGAUCUUGUCAUCCAAACCUCAGUCAGGAGCCAGAAACUGUAGGAAAAAUUGAUUUCCCCAAAUAAAAGCGUCUGCCACAAGCGUGA